AUCCAUAAAAAUCCCACCACCUCUAACCACGGAGCUCCGCCUAUAAAUCCACCCUUCAAAUCCCCAAUUUUUUUCUUCAAUUUCCUUCACCUCUCUACCCAUUUUCUCCUCCGUCCAAAAUGGCAACAAUCAGUCUCCGCAAGGCCAACACUCGGCUGCCGCCGGAAGUCAAUCGUGUGCUCUACGUUCGUAACCUUCCAUUCAACAUAUCAAGCGAGGAGAUGUACGAUAUCUUCGGCAAAUACGGAGCCAUCCGCCAAAUACGUAUCGGAACGAGCAAAGAAACCCGCGGCACCGCUUUCGUGGUCUACGAGGAUAUCUACGAUGCCAAAACGGCGGUGGAUCAUCUAUCGGGUUUCAAUGUAGCGAAUCGGUACUUGAUCGUGUUGUAUUACCAGCAAGCUAAGAUGAGCAAGAAGUUCGAUCAGAAGAAAAAGGAAGAGGAAAUCGCUAAGAUGCAAGAGAAAUACGGCGUUUCUACUAAAGAUAAGUGAAAUCUAAAUAUAUCUGUGGGCUUCGUUGUUGUUAUUUUCCCCUUUUGAAUUGGGAAUUUAGGGUUUUGUAUGAACUAUUGGAAUUAACGACCUAAUAUGAUAAUCGCAUAUGUUUGCUGUUCUGUGUGGUAA